UUAACCCCACCCAUCUUGGCACCACCCAGCCUCGACUGAAAUCGAGAGCCCAUCCCAGUGGUUGUGAGCUGUUCGGAGCGGGGUAGGAGGAGACUGGCGAGAGAGCGAGAGAGAGAGACGCAGAGAGAGAGAGAGCGAGCUACAGACUCGUCGGGACAGGCAGAGAUACAUUCUGGUCCACAGAGCCAGUGAUACGACACAGACGGCGAGAGAGACGUCGAGACAGGGCGACGCAGAGACGCAGUGAGACAGAGCAAUGGGGAGCCCACGCCGAGGCCGCGAGGUGAGGGAGGUGAGGCAGGUGAGGACAGAGGUGAGAUCUUCGUCUCCGCUCAGCCCCGCGCGCAUCACCAGGGCCCAGGAGAAGGAGGAACUCAGCAACCUGAACGACCGCCUGGCGAUCUACAUCGACAAGAUGCGCUCGCUGGAGGCGGAGAACUCGAUGCUGCGGAUGCGCGUGUCCGAGAGCGAGGAGGUGGUGACGAGCGAGGUGACCGGCAUCAAGGCGUCGUUCGAGCGGGAGCUCGCAGACGCGCGCCGCUGCCUCGACAAUGUGGCGCACGAGAAGGCGCGCAUCGAGAUCGAGAGCGGGAAGCUCCGUGCAGACUUCAACGAGCUCUACAGCCGGAUGGCGCAGAAGGAGCGGGACCUGGCCGCAGCUCUAGGGCGCAACAAAGACCUGGAGGCACAGCUGGGCAGCAAAAGUCACGCGCUGGGCACCGCACUGGCACAGCAGCGCAUCCUGGAGGACGAGCUGCGCUCGCUCAAGGCCAGCCUGUCCUCGCUGGAGGGGAACCUGCUGAACCUGAAGAAGCAGCUGGAGGAGGAGACGCUGGCCCGAGUCACCGCCGAGAACGCCGCCCAGAGCCUCAAGGAAGAGCUCGAGUUCCGUCGGUCGAUGUUCGAAAACGAGGUGAAGGAGACGCGCAAGCGGCACGAGUCCCGGCUGGUGGAGAUCGACGCCGGGCAUCAGCAGGAGUACGAGAACAAGCUGGCGCAGGCCCUGCAGGACCUGCGGGCCGAGCACACGGACCAGGUGCAGCUCUACAAGCGGGAGCUCGAGAACAACUACAAGACCAAGAUGGAGAACGCGAAGAUGUCGCUGCAGCAGAACUCGACGAUGUCGGGCGUCGUGCAGGAGGAGCUCACCGAGUCUCGCAUGCGCAUCGAGACGCUCAACAACCAGCUGGGCGCCCUGCAGCGCCAGGUGGCAGGGGCGGAGGCGCAGAUCCGCGACCUGGAGGAGACGCUGCGGCGCGAGCGCGACUCGCACUGGCGCCAGCUCGCCGACAAGGACCGCGAGCUCACCGAGAUCCGGCAGGCGAUGACGGCGCAGAUCAACGAGUACGAGCAUCUGCUCGAGGUGAAGCUGGCGCUCGACAUGGAGAUCUCCGCCUACCGCAAGCUGCUCGAGGGCGAGGAGGAGAGGCUGCACCUCUCCCCGAGCCCCUCGUCCCGCGUGACGGUCACUCGCUCCUCCGAGACCGUGCGCACCUCGGGCGGCAGCGGCGCCGUCUCCGGCUCCUCAUCCGGCGCCGGCUCUGCGGCCGCCGGCAGCGGCGGCGUCGCCGGCGGCAGCGCCAGCGGCGGAGUCGCGUCGUCGCGCUCGUCGGUCGCGUCCUCCCGCGUGGCCGUGGUUCGCGGCGGUGCCGCCGCUGCGGCCGCCUCGGGCUCCAUCUCGGGCGGCCUGUCGCUGUCGUCUUCGGCGGCAGCCAAGCGCAAGCGCCUGGACGUGCAGGAGUCGGAGGCGACCAGCAGCGUGAGCGUGACGCAGCGCGCCUCCGCGUCGGGAGUCAUCGCCGUGGAAGAGAUCGACGCCGGCGGCAGAUUCGUGAAGCUCAUCAACGACUCGCAGCAGGACCAGGCGGUGGGCGGGUGGACUGUGAAGCGCUCGAUCCACGGCCGCGCCGACAUCAGUUACAAAUUCACGGGCCGCACAAUCGUCAAGGCCGGUGACGGCAUCACGAUCUGGGCGGGUGGCGCAGGAGUACAGCACAACCCCCCGCGGGAUCUGCUGAUGAAGCAGCACACGACCUGGGGCUCGGGCGACGAGGUCAGGGUCGUCGUCCUCAACGCCAACGGAGAGGAGGUCGCGAUGCGUCAGAUUCUGCGCCGGCAGGGCGCAGCUGGGGAAGACGACGACGAAGAUGAAGAUGUGGUAGAGGCCAACGAGGUGCUCUUCCACCAGCAGGAGGGCGCCGAGCGCGGCGCCGACUCGACAGAGGAGACCAUCUCGGAGUACGAACUGCGCUCCCGCACGGUGAAGCACAACACGCCCGGCGGCGGCGGCGACGGCGGCGGAAAUUCCUCGUCCCGGUCGAGCCGCGCCGGCUCCGCGACCCGCUCGCAGGCCACCACCGCGAGGGCGUCGGCCGCGAGCCAGUCCAGGUCGGGCGGGCCCAACGAGCCCAACGAGGCCAUCCUCCGUCUCGGCAUCUACUCGGCCGGCGUGGGUUCGCCCGAGCCCCGCGGCGGAAUUCACUUGGGCGGCGGCGAGGCGGCCGUCGCCGCCGUCCGCCUGUCGACGGCGCAGCAGGCGAGCGGCACGAGCGUGAAGAGCAUGACGAGCGUGACGACGCAGCGCGUCGAGACGAGCCAGGUGCCGCGAGGCAGCCUCGCCUCGUUCUUGCGCAGAUAAUGCCUUGCGGUGGCCUUUCUAGAAGGGGGGGUGGGCGGGGGACUCCAACUUGGCUGGGCAGGGAAGAUUGGCCCAGUAAUGGCUGUUGGAGAUUAUGGGUAACAAUAUGGGGGUGGUCAUUUGAGGUUUGAACGAAUCGGGGGUUUUCGUAAGAUUUUGGUAAGUUUCUUUGGAUUUGGUCACACCGAUGGGCCCGGCGCGACAAUUGACGGGGUUGGAUGUGGGUUCCGCUGUCGCAGCUGUUGGUAGGUUUGCGACCGAAUGUCAACAGAGAAGCCGACGGUGCUACCGAGCGUCGAUCGGCACCCAUUCUCGGCGGUCGUUUCGAGGGAGAAAUAUUUAUGCGGUGUAAUUCCAGGACCAUUGCUGUAGGGGCUGUAAAGGGACAUUGUGUCACCUGGCAACCUGUUCUCCGAUGGCACAAAUUGGAUGUAAUUGGUGAUUUUUUAAAAUGCUAAAAUAUAUUAUUUGCAAAACUUUCUAUUUUUUGAGGGGUCGGGGUGGCGGGAAUGGAACGUGACAACAACACGUUUGUUCUUAAUUUGGUGUGUCCCUCCGCUCUCCCGUUCAACGGGGAUGCCUUAUUUACAUGUAGUAACAUGCAUGUGGAGGUCUAGGUUGACGUUCUUACCUGUGUGUGUGUGUUGGGCUUUGCCGUGCAGUGUGCCAUCGCAUCUCGUGGCAACUGCAUGUUCUGUUUUUGAGGUUGCUUAACGGUUAUAUGUGAACACAAUGCGCUUAUUAUAUACUUUUGAGUUGAGGGGUGGGGAUAUGUAUACGUAUUACAGUGUACACACGGUGUGUCUGCGCGCGUGUUACAACAUUGCUUCUGGAUUCGUUCCUGAAUGAAACGGUUUUGUUCGUUGCAUUUUGAUUUUUCGGCGUUGCUAUGCCCACAUUCCUGUGAUCGAAUGGUGUCUUUGUUGUCAAAAUGCUCUUACAAAUAUCUCGUAUGGCUUGGCACUUUCCAGCUUAACUCCAGCGUAUAACGAUGCAAAACACGAAUCGCCACCACCAACACCUCUGUGCCUCGUUUCGAGAACUCGCUCGCUUUUACGAACUUUGUUUUGCUUGGAAACCUCCCAUCCGCCCUCAACCCUGCCCCGCCGUCGGCACGGCCGUGGCGUGGUGGUGUCCUUCGCCGUCUUCCUCCAGUCCCUCAAACUCCUCUUCGGUCCGUGUCCACCCCCCCCCCCCCCCCCCCAUGACUCCGCCGUGGGCCAGAUUCACUCGUUGAUGAUUAAUGUCCAAUUUCAUUUUUUUAUAAAUCCAUCUUUGGAGAGAGAGAGUCCCCACACAGCUUCGUGUCCCCACGGCCGCUGACAACCCCAGGAGAGGCGCAAAUCGGCCCCAGGCGAUGUGAUUAGGGGUUCAUACUCUUUGGUUUUUUCGAUAAAGUCACGUAGGUAAAAAUAAAAUAAAUGAGAAAACAACUAAAUUAAAUCACAGUGAUUUAAUUUAGUUGUUUUUUCAUUUAUUUUAUUUUUUACAUACGUGACUUUACCGAAAAAACCAAAGAGUAUGAAUCCUUGCAGUCACGAAAACUUAAAAUCCUGAUUCGGGGUUGCCACUGGUCCCGGGAUGGUUCUCUCUCGUUUUUGUCUUUCGCUAAUCAACCUGUCCUUGGUGAAGCCGUGGAUCUUCUCGGGUUCUCCGUCGUAUAGACGACAGCAGAGACGACGCUUUUACAUGGAGUUCUCUUCCAUGGAGUUCUCUUCCAUCAUUGUUGAGAUAUUUUGCCUAUGACUUUUGUUUCACCUCAGACGGUGAUAACCCCCCCUGUAUAGAUCAUGUAAUGCGCUAAGUUUUGACCGUUUUGCCAACCUGUGAAUCUCUGCCCCGGCUCGCUCCCCUGACCGCAAUCGAGGUGAUGGUUGACGAUCCCAGUGGCUCGCUUGAGCGGACGAUGUCCUGCAGCGGCGUGGCUCGCAAGCAUGUUGUCACUUGUGAAUCGUGCCUCGUGGCAGGCGGCACGCACAGGUGGUGGCUGGCAGCUUCCAUCCAAAAACAACAACAAUAGCAGCAACAACAACAACCACCACCAUCUCUCGUGUUUGGAAACCCUAGCGGCGGAUGGCGGGCAGGUUUGCGCGCGUUCGUCGCCAGAGCUGCGGUGAAGCUUCCCGCUCGGAAAUAUGUAGACACGCUCGCUUUUUGGUGCUUCGGUAUGCCAUAUAAGGGUAAUAUUUUAUCCCACUGAGAAUAAAGACACGCGUAUAUAUAUAGAAUGAUGUGUUCGCUUUGCAACACGAGGCGAUGGAGGACGGCUGUGGCAGGACCCAGCCUGGUUAUUACAGUUUUUGUUGACUGCCUCCGUUUUUUUUUUAUACCCAGGACAGUGUUUCCAGAUCGGAGGUUACUUCUCUCAGUAUACUGUAAGAUGUAUACUGCAUUGAGGAAACUGUUAUCAUUGGCAAGAAGUCCUAUUUCGUUUUCAAGGUUCCAGCAUUGAGGGUUUAUUUUUAUCCUCCCCUCCCUCAGCCAGCAACAAUGCUUGCAAACGUGCCUUGUUUGGUUGAUUGGAGAAUCAUUGUUUUUUUCUAAGUGUCUCUUGGAAAUGGAGAUGACCCACACCCAUCUAAUUUUCUUGGUACAAUCUGGAGGUUUUGUAUCCGUUGGCCGCGAUUCGAGAGAAUUAUUUUCUCAACGCUUUGAGAGCAACACGAAUGAUGGCCUACUCUGAAAAUGCCACAGAUCCUCAAAUCCAACAAUUUGCAGUCCACAACGUUGACCCGAGUGAGGCCUCUUCUUCUCAGUCCCCUUCAUGGUCACCGACCAUGACCCCUUCAGGAUUUAUAGAAUCCCCCGCCCCCUCACACCAUGCACCCAAUUUUGAGUACCACAGGCCCUCGAGGUUUUGAUUCUCUGGAUCUGGCAACACUGGAACGGGGCUUGCGUCCUGAGGUGGAGGCUUUGCCUCACGACUUCCAUUCCAAAAGCGUGGCUGAUGGUCGCCGUGGGACCACGUUCUCCUCACGCCGCCUCCCUCCGCUUGCUCGGUAUUAUCCGCUUGGCGCUACAACGAUGUUUUUCUUUUUCUGGCAAUUAAAAUUCUUUCAUGUUAA